AUGGAGAACAUCGAUAUCUUUGGUGGUGCCCCUUCUACAACCCCGAAACGCCCGAGAGCAGGGACUGCUAUCCCGUCUUCCUCACAAGUUUCUAUUCCGGGUUCCCAGAAUGUCGAGGAUGACCCUCCGGCCAGUCAAGCUCUUGAGCACAAUGAGCACUAUGCGACAUUCCGCUCAGAUGUCGUGGGCGUUCAAUACUAUCGGGGUCUCGUCGGAAGGGGAGAAUAUGUAAUGCUGCGACGAGAGCCCACGAACAAAUACGAUUCAAACGCUGUCCAAGUUGUGAACGCCGGGGGUAACCAAGUUGGUCACAUUCCUAGAGCGGUCGCCAUGAACCUUGCCAGCUUGAUGGACAGGAAUGUAAUUUCCGUCGAGGGACGUAUGGCGGGGCAGAAUUUGGAUGGCGCGAAACACUACAAGAUGGGACUAGACCUUUCCAUUUACCUCAAUCGCACCAUGAUCCCAGCUCUUGAGGCCGAACUUCGCUGGGUCCCAGGAAGGUACAACCCUCUUCCUCCUCAGCCUAUCAUCCAGAGCCAGACUGGCAUGCACGGUGGUACUGGUGACAGUGGAUCCGGCCUUCCUGGGGGCGAUACCGCCAUGCAGGAUCUUUUGCAAGGAUUGAGCAAGGAAAAUGUCGACAUCAAGCAGUCUGACAAGGUUAUGGAUGCUCUCACUGGCGAUGUAGACGUCUCACUGCUCCCUCUCCACCCUUCUCCCCCGGGGGUUCUCAACAACCAGCUUGUCGUCGACCUCCUUCCUCAUCAAUCUCAAGCGCUGCAGUGGAUGAUCGGCCGCGAAAACCCCAAGCUUCCUGCCGCCCCCGAAGACCCCGCCGUCCAAUUCUGGGUCCGUCAGAAAGGCGCCGGCGGACGCAACGAUUACUGGCUGAACGUGGCCACCAAGACGCCUCAGACAGAGACGCCCGUGCUCGGAAGGGGUGGCAUCAUCGCGGACGGCAUGGGUCUUGGAAAGACGCUGUCUACAAUCGCUCUCGUUCUUGCUACCCGCGGUGAGCCCGUCGGCGACAAAGUCAGCCAGGCAACACUCAUUGUCUGCCCUCUCUCGGUUCUCAGUAAUUGGGAGAAACAGAUCCAAGAUCACGUCGCUCCCAAGCAGCUUACCUUUUACACUUACCAUGGUGCUGCCAAAGCUCUGACUGCGAAGAAGUUGGAGGGAUACGACAUCGUCUUGACGACUUAUCAGACCGUUAUGGCGGAGGCCGGCGAUCUCCUUGGAAAUCCCGACACACCUUCGGCCAAGAAGAAGAAGACUACUACUCCCAAGGGCGCUCUGGCUUUAGCAAAAAUCAACUGGAAGAGGGUUGUUGCCGACGAGGGUCAUCAGCUGAAGAAUCCAAAGGCCAAGAUGACUGUUGGAUUCACAAGCCUCAAGGCCGAGCGUAGAUGGGUUUGCACUGGAACGCCUAUCGUGAACUCUCCCAACGAUCUGGGCUCUCUACUCUCAUGCCUUCACAUCUGCUCCCCAUUGAAUGACCCAGCCUAUUUCCGAGCCCUGCUCCUCCGACCCUUAUCCCGAGGCGACCCUGCAGCGCACAAACUGCUCCAAGCGGUCGUUUCCCAGAUCCUCCUUCGACGUACCAAGGACUCGAAGGGCGCGGACGGCAAGAAGGUCGUAGAGCUUCCCGAGCUCGAGUUUUUCAAAGUUGGCGUGACGAUGGAUGAAGAGACUAGAGCUGUCUACGACGAGGUCAUGGAGCAUAGUAGGACCGAGUUUGAGGCCAACAUGCGCAGUGGAGAAGGCAACCCUGCCAAUGUGUUGUCAAUGCUGACUAGAAUGCGUCAAAUUUGCCUAUCUCUCGAGCUCGUUCCUCAGACCUUCCUGGACGACAUCCGAAAACCGCCCCAAGUCCGCGAUACCGGCAGCGCCACCUCUAUUGCCUCCCUCAGCCCCGAGAAGAAGCAAGAGUUGAUUGAAAAGCUCAAAGCUUACGUCGCCGACGAGAUCGAGUGUGGCGUUUGUAUGGAUGAAACUGAAUUCGCCAAGGAUCCUUCCAUCACUGACUGUGGGCAUCCGUUCUGUCUCCCUUGCAUCACCCAGGUGAUCAAGACUAGGCCUACGUGCCCUAUGGACCGCCACCCCCUUGCCCAGACAUCUGUCCUGCAACUCCCUCCUCCUACUCAAGACGGCGACUUUGACCCUUCCUCCCAGGCCAAGUCCAUCAAAUCCGCCAAGAUUGACGAAGUCGUCAAGUAUCUCAAGCUCUUCCCCCACCACGACAAGUCUCUCGUCUUCUCUCAAUUCACGUCCUUCUUGGACUGUAUCGGGACGAGGUUCAAGGAGGAGGGUAUCAAGUUCGUGAGGUUUGACGGUCGGAUGCCUGCAAAGGAGAGGGCGGAAGUGAUCAAGAAGUUCCAAGAGCCGGUGAAAGGAGAUGAUGACGAAGACACGCCGAGGGUGAUGUUGAUUUCGCUGAAGAGUGGUGCUGUUGGUCUCAACUUGACAGCGGCAUCCAACGUUUUUUUGACUGAUCCGUGGUGGCAAUCAGCCAUCGAGUCUCAAGCCAUCGACAGGGCUCAUAGAAUGGGCCAGAAGAAAAAGGUCCGCGUGUUCCAGCUCAUUGCGGAGAACAGUGUUGAGUCUACCGUUCUGGACAUUCAGAAACGAAAAGACGAGCUUGUGGCAAAGGCCUUUGAAAAGUCUACCAAAGAGAUAAAGAAGACCAAGAAAGAGGCCCGAUUCGAGGACAUGAAGGAGAUCUUGGGGCUGAAGUAA